AUGAAUGGUACUAAUGAUAUUUCAAUUUCUCUUCUAAUGCUUGACGGUAAAAAUUGGAUUCGAUGGAGAAAACAGGUGGAAUCCUUGUUUGUCUUCCAUGAAACCCUAGAAGUGGUUACCGAUGGCGUUCUUGCGCUAGCUUCAAAUGCUAGCAAAGCACAGAAAACAACCCACAAUGAAGUCAAGAAGAAUGAUUUCAAGGCUGCAUAUUGCAUUCAAUCGGAGGUUGAUUCUACAAAUUUCGACAGAAUCUCUCAUGGUGAAUCGAUGAAGGAGGCAUGGGAUAUUAUUGUCAAAUAUUAUGAAGGAGGUGAAAAAGUCAAGGUUUUUAAGUUGCAGACCUUGCAUCGACAAUAUGAAUUAUUGUCAAUGGGAGAAAACGAAAAGGUUGUAGAGUAUGUGUCGAAGAUGCAAAAACUCGUCCAUCUCAUGAAGGGUUGUGGUGAAACCCUAACUGAUAAGAUGAUAGUUUGGAAGCACAUGAGAUUAGGAUUGUCGAAAGGAAAGGAGUUCAAGAUUCGAUACAAGCUUUGCAAGCUAAGUCAAGGAAAAAGAAUGGUAGCUCCAACAAAUUCAAAGGCAAAGUCGACAAGACUCAGGGCAAGAAGUCUUGGUCGAACCCUUGCAAGCAGUAGGUCAAAGAUAGAACUUCUGAGUCCUCGAAAAGAGGAGGAGGAAAAUAUCGAAAGGACAAAGAAGAUAAAAAGGAUUUGCAGUGCUAUCACUGUGAGAAAUGGGGUCACUUGUCUAAACAUUAUUGGUACAGGAAAGACAAUGGAUCGUCAAAAGGAUAAAGACGAAGGAGCGAAAUUUGCACGUCAAGAUUCAGAUCAUUCUGAAAGUAUGGUUGUUAUGGAUACAUUUGCAGAUAACCAUGUCGAAUCCAAGAUCUGGUUACUCGACUCAGGCUGCUCGAAUCACAUGACUGGUCAAAAAGAGUGGUUGGCAGAUUUCGACGAGUGGAAGAAGAGCAAGGUAAAACUUGCAGAUAAUAGUUCGGUGCAAGUAGAAGGUACUGACAACAUAGUUUUUCAAAUGAGUAAUGGAGGGAAAGAUAUGAUUAAAGAUGUGCUAUAUGUACAUGGAAUAAAGUGCAACAUGCUAAGUAUUGGACGACUAGUCGAAAGGGUUUCUCAGUUGUCAUUAAAAAUUGAAUUUUAA